UACCAGUCAUGUUGAUGUUUUUUCCUAAAUUUAUUUGUUUUAUUAAAUCCUAGUAAUUCCUCGUACAAUGGAAACUGUAGAAGUUCUUCCCGAGUGCUGUGGAUCAGGCUGUACAAAUUGUGUUUUGGAUCACAAAAUUAAACCUCAAAAUUCAGUAACAAAUUUAGACGGACCAAGCGUGCUGAACACUGGGCACUACAGACUCUUCGAGUGCAUCCUAAUCGAUCAGUGCACCGAAAAUACCUUUCUGUUUCGGUUUCAACUUAAAAUUGGUGCAGAAGAUCAACAGAAGCAAUUGAUAAUUACUCCUGGUAGCCAUUUAGUCUUGCGAGUCCCCAAACAUUGGCGAAAUGAUGGGAGACAAUUUAGUGGUACGUUUUCAAAAUGGCGAAAGUUGAUGGCGCAAUUCGAACCGGAAGCACGUGUUCAACCAAAAACCAUCGAAAAAUAUGACAAAACGGAACUCGAUCUGUACAUUAGUCGACCAUAUACGCCGAUUAGAGUGAAUCGGGAGGAAAAGUCAUUUGAUGUACUUAUAAAGCUGGAGCCUGGUGGUGAAAUGUCGGAAUAUCUAACUACGUUGAAUAUCGGUGAAGCUACGGAGUGGAAAGGCGCUUACACCGGAUUGUAUUGGAAGCGAAACAUGAGAAAAUAUUUAUUUGGUUUUGCACAGGGAGUUGGUUUAGCGCCCAUUUACUCGAUUAUGGCAAACAUUCUAGAGGACGAAGAAGAUGAAACUCUGUUGAAGCUAUGCUACUGUUGCAAGGACAUUGAUAGCAUUUUAUUGAGAGCAGAUCUUCAAACUUUUGGUUAUUUCUGGAAUUUUGACCCGGUAAUUUAUCUCUCGAGAGAGACUUGCUCUUGUGGAAGUGGAACAGCCACAAAUUGUACAUGUUUGUCAUCUAAGAAAAAAUACACUGAACGGAUAUUCAAUCACAGAUUGGAAAAGCUAGAUGUACAAAAUUUAUUGCGAAAAAUCGCGCAGAAUUCCCUACAGGUCCUGAUCUGUGGGAACACAUCGUUUACGGAAUUAAUAGAAGCUAGUAUAACAGAGUUGAAUAUAGAGAAUUAUUACAAAUUUUAACAAUAAAGUACAA